UGGACAAUGCGGCUUCAUGGCAGGGACGCAUGCGCAAAGCAUCGUGUUGCAACACAAACCCCGAGCUCGUCUGCAGUCAUGCUUUGGAGAAAACAGACAUUUUUAACCCUUUUGAGACAAACUGAGCAAAUUACACACGAGACUGUAAAAGGAUUAUUGCGAUCACGAACGGAUUAUAAUAGAGUAAGCUUGGGAAAACAACACAAUCAAUAAUACUAACAUCGUUUUCGUCACGUGGUCGGGAUUGACCAAUCGGAGCGAACCAAAUCCAGCGGAAAGUAUGCUUCUUUGUUCGGAUAUUUUGCCAACUUUACCCCCAAAUUUGACCCUGUUGCUUUGUACAUAUCACACGAUGUGGAGAUGGAAGCGACGUUUUGAUGGGAAAGGACACGCAGCGGAUAUGUUUUGUUGCGUUUUUUUUCGCGGAAUGCCACGUGUUCAGGGCUCAUUUCAUCACAUGACUCCCCUCCCCCACCCGGCGCGGGGAAUGGGAGAAGAAGGCGGACAUGUUUGAGGGAAAUGUGUUGGUUAAAAAGUAUCGAGGUGGAAGACAAGAAGAUUAUGUGAAGACAGGUUUCGCUUUAUCUUGGGAUUUACCAUUUCUUUUGUUUUAUUUGAUAUUCAAGGUUUUUUUUUCAUGUCGUACUUUGGAAAUAUUUAUUUAUUUUUUUCUUUUGAAAAAAAUACUUUCAUUUCGAACAUUUGUUUUAUGUUGUGUUUAAGUUAUCAAAACCUUCUAGUAAUAUUUAAUAUUGUUAGGAUGUACUGUUAGUUUCCAUCGUUUAUUUGAGUGACAUUGCAGGGGAUUUGUAACCUUGGUGUGGGGGAUGGGCGCAUGUGGUUAGGUAACCAUUUUGUGUGGUUGUUUAAUUUGUAAAGUGUCGGUAUUAAGAUAAGAAAUCUUGUAAAGAUUUACUAAUUUGGUAUUUUUUGUAAUUGCUUUUUGCUUUUGUAGUUUUGGUCUAUUAGUCUCUCAUUUGCUCUCAAAGGUCAGGUAUGAGAUUUGUAAUUUCAAACCCAUAUCACAUUAACUUUCUUUGUGAUUUCCUCUAUUUUUUAAAAUUAAUUGUUCGUGGGGUUGUUUAAUUAGUUAUUGUUGGACAAAUGUAGCCUUAACUUUGAUCAAAUGUGGUCUCAGGUCAGUGAGGAAAACUGCUGUGUCAUUCAGUGGAUUUGUAGUUCUUGUGGCCAUUCAAGGUGUCUUUUUAUUUUUCGUUGUUGCCUUUUUUAUUGUUAGUUGAAGUAAAUAUGGACUACUAGAGAUUUAGUGAGAAUUAUAAGGUGUGCUUUAUCCUACCAGUACUUUGCUGUUUGUGAGGCGUGGAGGCCUUGUUGGACUGGCUGGGUUCAAAUUGUGGCCUUUUUCUGCACUUUUCUGCACUUUCCUUUGUUGAUUCUUGUUUGUAAGCGACAUAUGUAGCGUUUUGUAAGUUUAGCUUACUGUUUUUUCUUACUUACUGUAAAUAAUUCGAUGAUAAUACUUUGUGUUAUUGUACUUAAAGAUGGCGCCUGUGCGCCUCUUCUGAGAGACAGAAAUGCGGAUAUUCUGGUAAGAAGAGAGCUCGUGGGGAGAGGCUCUUGCGGGGAUGCGCGUGACCCGGCGGAAGAACCAAUAGGCUUCUUGGUAUAUACCCUGGAAGCCCGCGUUACAGCCGUUUUGACCAAUCCCCGCGGUCGCUUAGCACACGUUGACGUAAUGUAAUAUGAUAAGGAGGAGGCUGACUUCGGUGCCUUCGCAUUUUGUGGAGGAUUAUACAGAGGAGCCAGUCAGAGACGGCGUUUCAGUGAAACUAAACAGUCUCGACCAAUAGUAUUGCGCAGUUUCCUUGACGGACAGCAACAACUUGCGAAUAGGUUGGCCCGAAAGAUAGUCAGCGAGGCGUCAGAGUAGAGGGGUGUGGUGACUUUGACGGACGGCGCAAACAGCGAAUAGGAACUCACAAGGCGUGGACGUUCUGAGGUAGUCUGUCCAAUAAGAGAGACGGUCGGUGUAUAAAAGAACGGGUGUAGUCGCAUCGUCGCCAUUUCAGCGAAGCAGAUUGAGGCAGUUCUCUGCGGCGGGGAGCGGAGAAACCGGACGAACAGAGUCGGAUCCUGGGUUGAGUCUAGCUAAAAACAGAAUCCGGAUCCAUCCCGAUGGAUAUGGCUGUUAACCCGCUCCUUGACAGGUAUCUACCGGUAAAAUUGACUCUCAACUUUCCAUCGGAGGGAAUAUUGUGAACAAUUCUCAUGUUUUUUGCCAAGAUAACGUUACUGGUAACCUGUGUUCGCAGUAAUAUUGAGUGACAUAGGGAAAUGGACAUUGAAUAUGCUGCAGGAAGGAGUUUUGUCGGGAUUAGAAACGGAAUUCAUGUUGAAGAAAUAAUAAUAAAAUGUGUUUGUGGGCUGUAACGAGUUGCGACUGUUGUUCGCACUACGCCGGCGCCAUCUUCGGAGCGCCUCUGCCGUUGGCCGCUCUCUCCCGCUGCCUGGCAGUUGGAGCUAGCCGUGCUAGCAUUAGCUUCCCAUACCUAAAAUAUUCCUCUGUUUAACAGUAGCCUGACCACUUUUUGCGUUGCAAAUGGACGUGCCGUGUUUAUAUAAUGACAAUCAAUUGUUUUAAGUGGUCUUAAUCUGAUAUAAACUGCCCCAGGGUAACUUAGUGUUAUGUUAACAAUAUCGUUAGCCUGUAGUGUAGAGUCUAGCUUAGUGUUGUUGAUAGCGUUGAAGAGUCAGAGAGGGUAGCAGAUGCAUUCCUGCUUGUUUCGCCGGUUUGUUAUUGUAGCCAUGUGACGGCCAGAGGAGCUUGUGGUGCGACUACAUUGCAUUACAGCGCAAUGGCUAAAGCAGUUAAUGUUGUCAGCUGCACCAAUAAUGCAUUAUUUAUCAAUUAGAGCUAAAGAAAGUUAAGACAUUGCAUGGAGUUGUCAUUAAUUUCCAUCACCAGAAAGGUCAAUAUCUGUGGUUAGUUUGGGUUGUCCACGUGUGUUGGGUGUUUCAUUUGGUUGCUUGGUUACAGAGCUCAAUGUCACUCAACCUAAGCUAGGUAGCAGCAGGCUUUACUUAAUUCAUAUAACAACUUCUCUGUAUUUUUUUUCUUUCUUCGUCAUUCAUACUUUAUUUUACUCCUCCCAAUUUGUUAAGCCGAUUUACAGCUAAUGCAAGAAGUGUUUUUUUUUUUUUUGUUUAGUGAUGUUAAUGUUAUGUACAUGAUUACUUUCCUUUUUUAAUAAUAAAGUACACUAACUGUCAAAUGUGUUUCCAAAGGUUGUAUCAUUCAAACAGCUUGCUUUACCAUAAACUAUACAAAUAGUUAUUUAUUUAUUAAUAAACAUAUUGCUUAUAGAAAUGUCUACGUACCUACAUCAUGUAUAAUAUUUUUAUAUUGUUAAUGCAGUAGCUAAGUUUCCCUACCAUUGAGUCUUAAACAAUAUUUUUCAGUAUGCAUGUGAACAAUACGGCAGUGCAUACAUGUGCUGAAACAGGCAUACAGGUAAUAGAUUGAUGAAUACAUCUCAGUGUUAGUUACGCACCUGUCUCAUGGGACCCCUUAUUCACAAUGUGAUGCAAACAGUAAUACUUCACCUUAUUUGCAUCAGUUUCUUAAAGCUCACAGCUCUGAAUGUGCAGAACCAUUUGUUUUUGUUAGAUUUAAACUUAAAUUGCGAUGGGGUCAUUCCACAGCCGAUAAUGCAAACACCAGAUGUUAGUAGCUUUAGUGUUGGUUUUUCAACAGAACUGGUUUUCCAGCCGAUGACCCUAAAUGUCCCAGUUAAAUGUGUCAGUAGGCCAGCGGAGAUGGCUAUGGUGAGUUCAUACUGUUGACAACUUAAACAUCCCUUCACAUCAGAAUUAGUAGGACUGGUAUUUUUUCAGCAGGGAAGAUUAUUAAUUUGUGAUUGCUGUGAUGCUACAUAAUGUAAUGCACAUAAUUACAUGUCCCCACCUUCAUCAGAACAGCGGGAUGUCAAAUGUUUUUGAGCGUUGUGUGACAGAUGAGCAUUUGUAGCAUUGCAGCAAUUCCUAUCAAGUAGCAGAUGGUACAACCCACACUUAUGUAGUGGAGUGGAUACAUUUAUAGAGAUAUUUAAGUGUUUGAAUCAGCUCAGUGGUAUUAUGGACAUGUAAACUGGGGCCCAGAGUUUUGUAUCAGAAAUCUGAGUAUUGUUGAUAGGCAACACCGACUGUGAAAUAGCAUAUAUUGUUCAGAAUAAGAAUAACACCAGUCUCGCUGUGUUUCACUUCACUCGAUGGCUUGUGGCUGUUCUACUUGGCUGAAUCCAGCUCUUGCGUGGAGGGAGCAGGGGUGUUGCUUCAUAGUUGAACAAGCCCGCCAUGUGUUGCUGCAGCGUCACUACAGCUGUAGGUAGAGUAAUGCUGGUGAGAUGAGUUGUAGAAAUAGUACAGUUAUCUUGUACCAGUGUGGAUGUGAUGACGGUUACAUGUGGAGACAUCAAACAGAAUAAUGGUAGAUUUUACUCUCAGUGAUGUAAAAGAGGGGAAAGUCAGGUCAACAGUGUUUGACAAAAACAUUUUCUAAGACAUUAAGAAGAGAAAUGUUGUUUUUAUAUAUAACCUCUCUCUUUAAAGGUUAAACAGUGACUCUUUCCAUGAAAGACCAAGUAACCAUGCAGUGUUUUUUUCAGUGGUGUUAAAGGUGUUACCACAGCAGGACAACCGUAACUGAGGUUAUACGGGACUCCCUCUGCCGAGUCAAGCUAGUGAGGCCACAUUCCAGCUCCCAUGUCGGGCUUGACGUUGGCAUACUGGGAGUCACAACGAUGGACCAGGGUUCUGGCACAGCUGGAAAACGCAUCCGGAAACCUUCACUGCUUUAUGAGGGCUUUGAGAGUCCUGGGAUGCCCCCCCUCAAUCAGAUGACCCCUUCAGGACCUCCACAGCCUCCGGUGAAAGACCCCAACCGACAGGGGAGGAUGACCAACCAACUCCAGUUCCUACAGAAAGUCCUGCUCAAGUCUUUGUGGAGGCACCACUUUGCUUGGCCCUUUCAUGAACCCGUAGACACUGUCAAGCUCAACCUGCCUGACUAUCAUAAAAUCAUCAAGACCCCGAUGGACAUGGGCACUAUUAAGAAGAGACUAGAGAAUAACUAUUACCGCAGCGCCAGUGAAUGCAUGCAGGACUUCAACACCAUGUUUACCAACUGCUACAUUUAUAACAAGUCUACAGAUGACAUAGUCCUGAUGGCUCAGUCUCUGGAGAAAGCAUUUCUGCAGAAAGUGGCUCAGAUGCCCCAGGAGGAGGUAGAGCUGGCCCCUCCCCCUCCGCGGAUUAAACAAGGCAAACCUGGCAAAAAAGGCAGAGGAAAUGCAGUCUCUGGUGGAGUGACGACAGCUCAUCAGGUCCCAGCAGUCUCCCAGUCGGCGUACUCGCCUCCCACCCCGGAAACACCUGACUCCCUCCUCUCCACCCCACCACAGACGCUUUUGACAAAGAGCCUGCCCCUUACCCCUUCAACAGAACAGAGCACACCUACCAUUACGGGUCUGCCUCCCACACAGCCCACCGCGAAGAAAAAAGGCGUGAAGAGGAAAGCAGACACAACCACCCCGACAACUGUAGCCAUGCCCAUCAUGAGCACCAUGGGCGUCAGCGGCAUCGGCCUGGGGAUGGGCGGCGGGCACGACUCCCCACUCACCCUCACUUCUCUUGGGAUGGACCACACCUCUGGCCUGGGGAUGGGCCAGGGCCUCAGCCUCAGCCAGAGCAUGGGGAUGGGCAUGGGUAUGGGCAUGGGCCGCGGAACAGUGAUGAUGGGCACCAACGCAUCAGGAGGGGCCAGGAGAGGAGUGAGCGGACGACCCAUUAAGCCUCCUAAGAAGGAUUUACCAGACUCCAUCCUGCCGACACCGGUGCGCCGCAGCAAGCUGAGCCCCCAGCUACGCUACUGCAGCGGGGUCCUGAAAGAGCUGCUGACCAAGAAGCACGCAGCGUACGCCUGGCCGUUCUACAAGCCCGUCGAUGCCACGACACUCGGUCUCCAUGACUACCACGACAUAAUCAAGCAGCCCAUGGACCUCAGCACUAUUAAGCGGAAGAUGGACAGCAGAGAGUAUCGUGAUUCCCAGCAGUUCUCUGCAGAUGUCAGACUGAUGUUCUCCAAUUGUUACAAGUACAACCCCCCUGAUCAUGAUGUGGUGGCCAUGGCCCGAAAACUUCAGGAUGUCUUCGAGUUCUGUUUUGCUAAGAUGCCAGACGAGCCCCCUGCACCCCCUAGCUCCUCGUCCUCAUCUUCCUCGUCGUCGUCGUCGUCCGAGAGCGAGCUCAGCAGUGAGAGUGAGGAGAGCGAGAGCAGCCCCAGCUCUGACUCCGAGGAGGAGAGAGCAAACCGCUUGGCAGAGCUGCAGGAACAGCUAAAAGCCGUACACGAGCAGCUCACUGCACUCUCCCAGGGUCCCAUCGUCAAACCCAAGAAGAAGAAAGAGAAGAAAGACAAGAAAAAGAAGAAAAAAGUAGAAAAAGAGAAGCACCGGAGGAUAGAGGAGGACUUGACACCGAUACGGCCGCCGAAAACCCCCAAAAUCACCAAGACUCCAAAACCCAAGAACAACAGAGCGGUGGGCGUUCCUGUGAUGCCUAUAAAGAAGGCACCGAGCAAGAAAAACAACAAGAGCAAAUCCAAAAAGGCAGGCAUGAUGUUUAACAUGCCUCCUCCGGUCCCUGAGCCCAUAGUGCCUCACUUCGACUCCGACGAGGAGGAGGAGACGGCACCCAUGUCGUAUGACGAGAAGCGUCAGCUCAGCCUGGACAUCAACAAGCUGCCCGGUGAGAAGCUGGGCCGCGUCGUUUACAUCAUUCAGUCCCGCGAGCCCUCGCUCCGAGACACCAACCCGGAGGAGAUCGAGAUAGACUUUGAGACGCUGAAGCCAUCGACGCUGCGGGAGCUGGAGAGAUACGUCAUGACGUGUCUGAGGAAGAAACCUCGAAAGCCAUAUGCAAGUAAGAACAGUGCUGGGAAGUCCCGUGAAGAGCUCGCUCUGGAGAAACAGAUGGAGCUGGAGAGAAGGCUGAUGGACGUCAGUGGACAGCUCAACUCUGGAAAGAAGCCUGCUAAAGCCAAACAAGAGAAACCUGCAACGGAGGCUCACACCCAGCCGUCCCGUCUCAGCGCCAGCAGCUCCUCCUCAGACUCCUCUUCAUCAUCCUCUUCCUCCUCAUCCUCAGACACAAGCGAAUCAGACUCCGGCUGAGAGGCAGAGGGUUUCUAUAUAUAUAUAUAUAAAAAAAAGGGUCGUGUGACGGACCCCGUGUGUAUCGCUUCCCACCAAGUGGACUGAACUGUAGUAGAGCUACUGACGAUGGAGCCGCAGGGCGGAUCAGACGAGACCAGCGACUAUGCAGAACUGGUCCGACUCUACAAGUGUCAAACCAAGAAAGAAAGAGAGAGAGAGAGAGAGAUGGGGCUUUCCCUGCGCUCAGCUCACUCAUCCAUUCGUGUGAUGGACGCAGAACAGUUGAGGAUGAACGGAUGGAAAGGAGGAGACUCGUCGCAAAGUCCCGUUGUUCUCUGGAGGACUGGCCUCGUCGGGCAGAGCGAGGGACGCUCCAUCUCCUGCAAAAAUAAAGGAGAAGAGUGACGCAUGUGUUAGAGGGAUAAGGGUGCUAGAGCCAGAAUCUGUCUUAUUUCUGGAGAUGAUUUCCCUUCUUACCAUGCUCCCUUUCUUUAUGCUGUAUAGAUAAGGUGUACAGUUAUAUAAAUAUCUAUUUUUCUUUUAUAAAGAAGCAUUUUAUGGAGCAAAUUUAUUCCCUCAUUCUGGGAAAGAUGAACUGGCGUGGGCGGAGUUGUGUUUUAGUUUUUUUUUUUUUGUUUUUGUUUUUUCGAGUGACAGAGAGGGUAGAGGGGAAACAAGUGUUUGUGUCUGUAUGUAUGUGUGUGAGUGACCGUGUGUGUGUGUGUGUGUAUGUGUGUAUGAAUGUGUCAUGUACUGUAUGUGUUUGCAUGCACAUGUUGCGAGUGUUAGAUCCGGCACCACAAGUGCAGCCUUGUGAAGUUCCUCAAAAGUCUUGACGCAGGCGUUUUGGAAAAAUCAGUCUGCACGCAGAAGCACCUUGGUUCAGUAGAAUACAGAAUGCAUGCAAUACAGAGGAGCUGACAAACAUUUGCAUACUCGUGUACUACUUUACUGCAUCCUUGUGUACUCAUGUACUUCUUCGAAAGGGUUGGCCACUGUACAGAAAUGUGACAUACCGUAGUUCAGCCAGUUCAGUUUAUAAGUUAAUAUUUCUGUUCCCAUGUGUGCUGUCUUCUUCUUCUCCCCCCCCCCCCUCCCCUUUCCAUUUCAAUUUCUCUGUAAACAUGUGUUGCUUUUUUUUUUUUUGUUUUUUUUUCUUCUUGUGACCAAUCUGCUAAUAAAUCGUGAGGACGUGUCUGUCCAUGCACUCGUGCCCAAAUAACAUCUUGGUUCUUUUUCUUUUUUUUGUGUUCAGGUUUGACUUCAGUCACAACACGACUAUCUAGACUUUUCUUUUUUUAGUUGCAAGAAACAUGUUUUCCAUUUUAUUCAAGUAGUAGAUGAAGCAUUAUGGGUUGAUUUUUCCCAUGAUUCAUCACUUCUUAACACCACGGUGUCACAAAAUUGCUUUGACUUAAAAACAAUCUGGCCUUUUGAGAUCUACGGCAGCUGAAAGUUGUAUUUUCUGUAUUGAGUUUUUUUUUUUUUUUUUUUAAAGAUUAAGUUUACUUAUUUGUGUGAUUUAAACAUUAGUAAUACCAGGUUGGGAAGGUAAACAAAGUCUUUUUUUAAAAAUAUUUUAAAUUGUGGGAUCCAGCAGUAAGUUUAACCAGUAGGCAUAAAAAGAUGGUUUAAUGUUGUCAGUAAUAACGAUGAGCUGUUUGUUCUGGUGGUACUACUAAACGAUUUUGUGAUUUAGGUAAGGUGUGUAUCAGUUUUUUUUUUCUUUCUAAAUCAUCUAUGGCUUGAGAUUGGAGUAUUGUGUGUGUGAAACUGAUUAUUUAUUUAGGAGGAAAUUUAAAUGGAGAUACUAUUCAUGAUUCUGAAAGUAAUCAAAAGCUUUUUUUAAGUCAAAGUCUACUCUAUGAAAUAUGCACAGACUAACUGUCAGGAUUGUAGAAGUGUACAUAUUUUACAGUCGCAAUCUUCGAGCAUGUUUUUGUUUUUCCUUCAGUAACUUAGGUGAGAUUUUUUUUUUUUUUUUUUCUUUGUCCAGCUAAGAUUUUUUUGGGCUUCUGUUCUGAGACAAAAUACUCCACAGAGUUGUCAGUCUUACCUUUUUCUGAAGUUUGUCAGAAAUCUAAAUGCCUCUGUACUUGACUCCACCAUUUCAUCUGAACAAGUGUACAUAAAUAAACUGAGAAAUGUUCAUCUUUUCA